AUGUCGCUGCCAUGGGUGACCAAGUUGCUUGCAAUCAUUGAAUCAGAUGCCCCCAUCAACCAAAAGGCUGCCCAGGCCUUGGAUUUGCUCAAGGCCAUUGGCUGGGACCUGAAAAAAAUCACCCAGUCUGUCUGUGUUGAGCUACCUUAUGAACCCACCAAGAGAAAGGCAGCCAUAGAUGCAAAUGCCAGAUUGGCAGAGCAGAGUGGUGGCCUUUUGGCCAAACCUUUUGGCCAAGAAAGGUUCCAAAGCCUUUCGCUGUCCCACACCACUUCCUUCCUCAGAAGCCUUGAAGCUGGUUGCAAACUGGGGAAUGACACUUUGUCAGUAGAGCAGAUGGUUGCUCAAGGAGAUGACUUUGGUAAGAUCUUGCAGGAAGGCUGGGAUUGGACAGUUGUUGCUGCCAAAGUUGAGGAAGAAGUUCCAGCACUCCCUGUCGCAAUGACAAUCGCCCACCAUUACCAGCUGCAACCUCAGGGCAUGAAGAAUUUGGACAGGGCUGUUCAACAAGCAGCAUCGAGCAUGCCACCAUGCCAAAAGUACAUCAAGAACAUUGGCAACUUUGUUGCCAGCUUUGCUGGAGGAGAAUCUUUCAAUCUCUUGAAGUACUUGGACUUCAUCAGUCGCCAAUUUGGUGGUUCUUUGAUGUUUGGAGAGGACUUCACAGACUUGUUGGCCAAUUGCGAUUGGAAGCAGGGCAGCACCACCUUUCCAAUGCUGAGGGUUGCUUUGGCUUGUUGCCAAGUUACUUCUCCAAAAUCUUCUCAGAAAGACGGGUUUGCCAAGCUGAUAGCAAAAUCUGACUUUGACAAGUUGAAAGGGAAAAAGUUGUUGCCCAACCUUUUGAAGGCAGAGUCUUUGAUGCUGGCAGCAUGA